AUGUCUGAAAUUCUUUCAUCAGAACAUGCUAAUAAUAAUGUUACACAUAUUCAUGAGACAAUUGAAAGAGAUGAAGGAACAGGAUUUAGAAUUGGGACAAAUUUUUUUAUUGAUAACAGUCAAAAAAGAGGUAGAAGAGAUACUCCAAAUAUUGGAAUAAAAAAAGUUAAUGAUUUUAAUUAUCAGGAAAUAAAAAAUCAAAUAAAUGAGAAAUCAUUAAACUUUCAAUUAACUACAAAAAAAACAAAAGCAGAAAUUGAUUUAGAAAAUAAACAAAUAAAAAAUAUUUUAGAUGAUGUAAAUGAUAGUACUACUAUAGUUAACAAUGGAAGAAAUAAUAAUACAUAUUAUUUUUUACCAAUUACAUUAUUAAUAAUUUUGUUGUUAUUAGUUGUUUACUAG